AUCGUUUGAAAUUCAUGAACUUUGAUUUUUCCGCUGAAUAAAGAAAAGUCUCGUCAAAGCGUGUGGAGAAAAGCGAUAGGCGUUCUCAAUUUCUACCGAGUCGGUUGCUGCUGCACCAAGUAGAGGUUGUGACCAAAAUAGAGCGAAGAUAUAUCAGAUCUGAGUGCAGCAACCUUGUCUUCAGAUCUGAACCACCCAUGGCUUUCUCGUCUUCUCUCUUUUUCCUUCUCUCGCUGCUUUGCCUGACCUUCUUUCCCCCUUCACUUGCCGAGAUCCGAUUCACGGAGAUCCGCAAUGACGACCGCCCAUUUAUCCCCCUUGAUCAGUUCGGCUUUACCCAUUCCGGCCGCCUUGAGCUCAGCGUCUCCAAGAUUUCUCUCUCCGACUCCAAGCUCGACCUUUCCAAGGUUGGCUUCUUCCUCUGCACCCUCGAUUCCUGGCUCCACGUCCUUCGGCAACUCGAAGACCGCGAGAUUACCUGCGUUCUUCAGUCCGAUCUUAUCGAGUCUGUUUACACCUUUAAUUCUCUCAAUAACGCCGAUUCCUUCAACACGGAAUACGUCCAAAAGGACGCCGAUCAGUACAAUCUUGUCUUCGCCAACUGCUAUGAGCAGCAGCUUAAAAUUUCUAUGGACGUUCGAUCUGCUAUGUACAACCUUGACGGAAAGGGCCUCGUCCGCGAUUACUUGUCUGCCGGCAGAACUAUCCUCCCCAGGGUUUAUUUCCUCUUCUCUCUGGCCUAUUUUGGUCUUGCUGGUCUCUGGAUUUACAUCCUCUACAAGAAGCGAUUGACCGCUUUCCGCAUCCACUUCUUUAUGCUCGCCGUCCUCAUCUUGAAGGCUUUGAAUCUCUUGUGCGAGGCCGAAGAUAAAUCCUAUAUCAAGCGAACUGGGAGUGCCCAUGGUUGGGAUGUCCUCUUUUACAUUUUUAGUUUCUUAAAGGGAAUCUCUCUCUUCACUCUUAUUGUGCUGAUUGGCACCGGAUGGUCGUUCUUGAAACCAUACCUGCAGGACAAGGAAAAGAAGGUUUUGAUGAUUGUCAUCCCGCUUCAAGUUGUUGCCAACAUCGCUCAAGUUGUCAUCGAUGAGAGUGGACCAUAUGGCCAUGAUUGGUUUACUUGGAAACAGAUCUUUUUGCUUGUUGAUGUUGUCUGCUGCUGUGCUGUUCUCUUUCCUAUUGUAUGGUCCAUCAAAAACCUGCGUGAGGCUGCAAGAACUGAUGGCAAGGCUGCUGUUAAUUUGAUGAAAUUAACCCUUUUCAGACAUUACUAUAUCGUCGUUAUAUGUUACAUUUACUUCACGAGGGUUGUAGUAUAUGCAUUGGAGACCAUAACCUCCUACAAGUAUUCCUGGACCAGCGUGGUAUGUGCAGAGUUGGCCACUCUCUCCUUCUAUGUGUUUACCGGUUACAAGUUUAAGCCUGAGGCGCACAAUCCAUAUUUUGUAAUUGACGAUGAGGAGGAAGAGGCUGCCGCCGAGGCGUUGAAGCUUGAGGAUGAGUUUGAAUUGUAAUCUGGUAGGAUGGUCAAGAUCCUCCAAAGCUAGAUACUUGAAUAAGUUGUUGUCGUGUUUUCGAAUGUUCAGGUUACAUCUCGACACAACUAUAAAAUUUCGUUUUACAUGUGAUGGGUAUAGGUAUCCGAGUAAACAUUGUACUAUAUUUUCUGUGUUCUGGUACCUCCCAGGCCAGUUCUUUGAAUUAGAGUCAUAAUUUUGUAGGCUGUGUGGAUGCGUGUGAAUCAUUGUUAUGUGCCGUUAGUAUUGAUGUUGAAUGCCGUUCAGCAAAACAUAGCAGAUUUUGUAGGAAA